GUCACGCCGGGUGCGUGAGAGCAGGCAGGGGUCUCGCGAUGAAGCGGGAGUCAGAUGAAGACUUAGCAGUUUAGUUUGUCCGUCACUUUUAUAUGUGCUUAUGUGAAUAAUUAUAAGAAAUAUAUCACUGAAUCUUAGACGUCAAGAAAUAAUUGUGACGUCUGGCAAGGUUUCUUGUUGUGAACGAGUGAUAUAGUAUAUUGCAUAUAUCCGUUUAAAUACGAUAUACUCGACGAAGUUGGAGUAUUCUUAUACUGCAUAUUCAGUAUACUGUUUAGCAGACAUUGUGUGAUUAUAAGCAUAUAUAUAAAAAUACAAAGGUAUUAUGAAGUCGGCGGAUGACCAAGUAUUGGAAGAUGAAGCCGGAUACCAAGAUGAUGAGGAGUCUUUCUUUCAACAUAUCGACCUCCUACAGAAACAUGGCAUCAACAUGGCUGACAUUAAGAAGCUGAAGUCCAUUGGGAUCUGCACAGUCAAGGGGAUCCAGAUGACUACACGCCGGGCACUGUGCAACGUCAAGGGCCUGUCUGAAGCCAAAGUGGACAAGAUUAAAGAGGCUGCAGGGAAGCUCGUGACCACUGGGUUUCUGACAGCCUUUGAAUAUAGCGAGAAGAGAAAACAAGUGUUCCACAUCACAACUGGUAGCCAGGAGUUCGAUAAACUUAUUGGCGGAGGCAUAGAAAGCAUGGCCAUUACUGAAGCAUUUGGUGAAUUUCGGACGGGAAAGACACAGCUGUCUCACACACUGUGUGUGACAACACAGCUGCCAGGAGAGAGAGGCUACACAGGAGGGAAGGUCAUCUACAUCGACACAGAAAACACUUUUCGGCCAGACAGGCUGAGGGAUAUAGCAGACAGGUUUGACGUGGACCCCGAAGCUGUGCUGGACAAUGUCUUGUAUGCCCGCGCGUACACCAGCGAACACCAGAUGGAGCUGUUGGACUAUGUGGCAGCAAAAUUUCACGAGGAAUGUGGCGUCUUCAAACUUCUGAUCAUAGACUCCAUCAUGGCACUCUUCCGUGUGGACUUCUCCGGCCGGGGCGAGCUGGCAGAGAGGCAACAGAAGCUGGCCCAGAUGCUCUCCCGGCUGCAGAAGAUAUCUGAAGAGUACAACGUGGCUGUAUUUGUGACUAACCAGAUGACUGCAGAUCCUGGAGCUGGAAUGACUUUCCAGGCAGAUCCAAAGAAGCCCAUUGGAGGGCACAUUCUGGCUCAUGCAUCGACCACCCGCAUCAGCCUGAGGAAGGGAAGAGGGGAAAUGCGAAUUGCCAAAAUAUUUGACAGCCCCGACAUGCCGGAGAACGAGGCCACCUUUGCCAUCACCGCGGGCGGAAUUGCUGACGCUAAAGAGUGACAAAAUGAGGAGGAAUCCAUACAUCCUCGCCUGGAGUAUGACUUUGACAUAAUGCUGCAUAAGCCCUGUGUACUUGUAGGUGUAUAUGGAAGGGUAUUUAUUUAUGUCUCUGAUGGGUUUCAUGCUUGGUGUUCAGUUCUAAAAGCUCUAUGUUUGUUGCGUUUGUCAUGAAUUUAUGAUGCUGUUUUUUUGCGUAUGUUUUUUUUAUGGGUUAGGAAAGUGAACUUGGACUCAUGAGUGUUUUUUUAAUUAUUAUUCACUCACUUCUGAAUUUUAAGUAUUAAAGUGAGGCCCAAUGUCUAAAAACGUUUGAAUUAAAAUUUCAUUGGAUUCAUUGA